UUAAUGGGUUUUUAAGAUCAUUUCUAUCUGGGUUUAUGUCUAUAUAAAACAUCUUAUUUUAUGUUUUAUGUUUUAUGCUGUCCAAAGGUCCUUAGGUUGGGAACUUGAUAGUCAUGGAUGGUUGGCUGAAGGGAUCUAAUAGUUUUGUGGAUAGGGUAGGACUAAAUGACAGUACGGUCUUAGCUUUAUCUGGUCGGGAUUUCGAUAACCGGUUUAAGAAUGAGAAUUGUGUCGAUAUUCCUUCUUCGGAACCUGUUAUGAUUCCAGGAAAUUCAGGGAACAUGGUGUCUUCCUUUGGAACUUGUUCUGAUAGAGUUGGACUAAAUGAUGGUACGGUGUUGGCCUUAUCUGGUCGGGAUUUCGAUAGCCGGUUUAAGAAUGAGAAUUAUGUUGAUGUUCUUCCUUUGGAACAUGUUAUGGUUCCGGGAAAUUUAGUGCCUUCCUUUGGAACCUGUUCUGAUACAGUAGGACUAAAUGUUGAUAGCCAACCUGUUCCGAUUCCGGGAAAUUCAGUGCCUUCCUCGAGUGUGAACGAGGGAGAUUUGCAUGAGGAUUUUGACUUCAGCGAUGAAGUUCUUAAGUACAUAAGUCAGAUGCUUAUGGAAGAAGAUAUGGAAGAUAAGACUUGUAUGUUUAAAGAGUCAUCGGCAGCACUUCAGGCUGCCGAGAAAGCAUUUUAUGAGGUUCUCGGAGAGAGGUAUCCACCUUCUCCUGAAUAUGAUGCUGAUCAAAACCAAGAAAGCUCCGAUGAAAGUCAUGGUCAAAAUUGUUGGAGAUGUAGUAGUGCAAGCAUUAGUAGUGGUAGCGUAGUUGAUCCCGGGCACAACCAUGAUUUCGGUGAGCAAAGGGCUCUGAACUUCCCGUCCCAGGCUAGUUCAUCUCAUAGCUCGGGAAACAGUAUUGGUAGCGUGGUAGAUGGAUAUGCAGAUUCUCCGGUAAGUACUGUUAGGCUUCCUGAAAUAUUUAACAAUAGUGAGUCUGCCAUACAAUUUAGAAAAGGCUUCGAGGAAGCGAGUAAGUUCCUCCCGAAUGGUGGAAGCUUGUUUGUUCACGGGGAGAAUGAUGGAUUGUUUCUCAAAGAGCUAAAGGAAGAGACUAAAGAUGUGGCAGUAGAUAAGGUGGAGAAGGAUGAGAUUUCCCAGGAUGGAUCAAGGGGAAAGAAAAAUCCUUAUCCUGAGGAUCUGAGUCUAGAGUGUGGGAGGAGUUCCAAGCAAUCUUUAGUUUAUACUGAGUCUGCUGUAAGCCCUGAAAUGUUUGAUAUGGUGCUACUAAAUUGUCAAAGUGUAACCGAGCUUCAAAAAGUUUUGCAAGAUGAAACGAGCAAGAAUGUGCAACAGAACGGACAAUUGAAAGGAUCUAAUGGUGGAAAGGCACGUGGGAAGAAACAUGGUGGUAAAAAGAACAUGGUGGAUUUGAGAACUCUCUUAACCCUUUGUGCACAAGCCGUUGCAGCCGAUGAUCGGAGGAGUGCUAAUGAGCUAAUCAAGCAAAUCAGGCAGCAUUCUUCACCUAUGGGUGAUGGGAUGCAGAGGAUAGCUCACUAUUUCAUUGAUGGCCUAGAGGCACGCUUAGCUGGUUCCGGGACCCAAAUUUACACUGCGCUUAUCACAAAGCCGACUUCAGCUGCUGAUGUGUUGAAAGCCCACCAUCUGUUUCUUGCUGCUUGUCCUUUUAAGAAGCUCUCAAAUUUCUUCUCGAAUAAGACUAUAAUGAAUCUAGCUGAAAAUGCUGCUAGGCUUCAUAUUAUUGAUUUUGGUAUUCUAUAUGGUUUCCAAUGGCCUUGCCUUAUACGACGUCUCUCGUCUAGACCUGGUGGACCGCCUAAGUUAAGGAUUACAGGGAUUGAUCUUCCACAACCGGGUUUUCGGCCGGCAGAAAGGGUGGAAGAGACAGGGCGCCGUCUUGCAAACUAUGCGGAAACAUUCAAAGUUCCGUUUGAGUUCCAUGCUAUUGCUCAGAAGUGGGACACCAUUCAAAUUGAGGACCUUGGGAUUGAUCGUGAUGAAGUACUUGUUGUGAACUGUAUGUACAGGCUUAGAAAUCUACUAGAUGAGACCGUGAUUGUGGAGAGUCCAAGGAAUAAGGUUCUUAACUUGAUCAGGAAGAUGAAUCCUGAUGUUUUCAUACUGGGGAUUGUGAAUGGUGCUUAUAGUGCUCCGUUCUUUAUCACGAGAUUUAGAGAGGCUCUCUUCCACUUUUCUACUUUAUUCGAUAUGCUCGAGACUAAUGUCCCUCGCGAAAUUCCGGAACGGAUGCUGAUUGAAAGAGAGAUAUUUGGAUGGGAGGCAAUGAAUGUCAUUGCAUGCGAGGGUGCUGAAAGGAUUGAGAGGCCUGAGACUUACAAGCAGUGGCAGAUGAGGAACAUGAGGGCCGGUCUCAGACAGUUGCCUCUGAAUAAGGAGAUCAUGAAGAUAGCAAAGGAGAGGGUAGAUACAGGCUACCAUAAGGACUUUGUAAUCGAUGAGGAUAAUCGCUGGUUGCUCCAAGGAUGGAAAGGACGAAUUGUUUAUGCACUCUCAACUUGGGUUCCUGCCCCUUAGAAGGUAAAGUCUUGCGAAGUACUUUAUGGUCGGAUUGCAACCAUUGAUGGAUUCACAUAUAUGGAGACAAGGUGUGGAAAACAUCUCCCCUCUCACAGCCAUUGUGUGCAUGCAUGCAAUCGAUAUGAAAAAUUGAUAUUGAUGAUCUGUUUGCUGCAGUUUCCCAACAGGUUACAUAAAUAAGAAACCGGGGGCUGCUUACUGGUAUUUAUCGAAAAGGUGAAUCCAUCAUGUACCGAAUUGCUAACAUGUACCAGAGAAUAAUAUCGGUGGUAAGAUGUAUUAGAUCGAAGUUAGCAGUUUAGGUGAACGUUAAGUAGGUCUGACCGUCUUGAGUUUCUUGUUGUAUUGGCUAUACAAGGUAAUGUUAAGUAGGUCUGACCAUCUGAGUUUCAAAUCCCGACAUUGUUAUCCUCUUAUUCUCAGAUUCAAAUGCAAUGAAGUUCAUUAAUGUAUUUUCUUUUAAA